AUGUCUGGUGGGUGGACCACCGUGGAGACUUCACUUCGCUCCUUUUCCGAAUGGAGAAUUCGAGUCACUCAGGUCUUGCCCAAUGGACGAGCUGAGCAAGAAGGUGUAAGAAUUGGUGAUAUCGUAGAAACUAUCAACGGGAAAAAUUGCACCAAUUACAAAAUGUUCAGUGCUAAAGUACGAGGUGCACGAGAUGUAUAA